CAGGGCUCUGCCACCCGCAGCCUCGCCAGCCGCCCUCUCCCCCGCCCCCGCAGAAAGGUGCUCAGAGCAAACCAGAGAGCAAAGAAGCAGGCAAGGGAGUCAGGCAGAAGCCGCUACCAAAGUUCCCAGGUGUUCCUUGCCGGCAGGUGCCUAAGCUCCGCGCUCAACACCAUGGACAGCGCCCGCGAAGCGACUCAGGGGCUCUUGGACGCCGCGGGCUUCUGGCAGGUCUGGCAGCGCUUUGACGCGGACGAAAAAGGUUACAUAGACGAUGAGGAACUUGAUGCUUUCUUUCAUCACGUGCUGACAACACUGGGUACUGAGGAGGCGGGCAUGGAAGAACAUGUGCAGAGAAUGAAGCAACAGUUCACGGGUCUGCAGGGUGUCUCCAGAGAUGGGCGCGUGCUGAUGAAAGAGCUUGCCAACAUGUUCUUGUCUGAAGAUGAAAACUUCCUGCUGCUCUUUCGUCAGGAAAACCCCUUGGACAGCAGUGUGGAGUUUAUGCAGAUUUGGCGCAAAUAUGAUGCUGACAGCAGUGGGUUUAUAUCAGCGGCUGAGCUGCGUAACUUCCUCCGAGACCUCUUUCUCCACCACAAAAAGGCCAUUUCGGAGGCUAAGCUGGAAGAAUAUACUGGCACCAUGAUGAAGAUCUUUGACAAAAAUAAGGAUGGCCGGUUGGAUCUGAAUGACUUGGCAAGGAUUUUGGCUCUUCAGGAAAACUUCCUUCUCCAAUUUAAAAUGGAUGCUUGUUCCACUGAAGAAAGAAAGAGGGACUUUGAGAAAAUCUUCGCCCACUAUGAUGUUAGUAGAACAGGAGCUCUGGAAGGCCCGGAAGUGGAUGGCUUUGUCAAGGACAUGAUGGAGCUGGUCCAGCCCAGCAUCAGCGGAGUGGACCUUGAUAAGUUCCGGGAGAUUCUUUUGCGCCACUGCGACGUGAACAAGGAUGGAAAAAUUCAGAAGUCCGAGCUGGCUUUGUGUCUCGGGCUGAAAAUCAACCCCUAACCCCCAGAACGCUUUGCCUUUUGCUCUUACGGUGUCUCUGUGCUCCUGAUGCUAAACCUCAGUCUAUGCUUUGCUGUGGGGACGCGUGGGCAGACUUUCCGACGAACCGCGUGGUAUUCGUGGACAGGGCCGAGGGCCUUCCUGCUGAGGGCGUGGUGUUCUCCCACCUGGCUGAAAGCCCCCCCAAGUAGUACCCCCCAUGUUAUGCACUCCCCACCCCCCGCCGCCCCCAGAAUCAGCUAGCUCGCUGCGUCUGCUCUGCCUCUCCUCCCUCGGUCAUCAGGCAGGCAGGGAGCCGUGUCCAUCUGUCUGGGCUCCCUCAUGGGCUUUCUGCCCAGUCCCGCGUCUGUGGCAGUCCUGUGACCUCUACAAAUUGAUUUUGUCAUGGAAAUAAA